AUGUCCCAGGACAAAAACAAUGCUCCAAACGUCCCCAACGGCUGGACCGCUCGUUUCGACGAUAACUAUAAACAUUGGUUUUUCGUGGACUUGAGCACCAAGAAGUCCCAAUGGGACGCUCCUCUGGGAACAACCUGGGGAAAGAACGAUGAUGACGUGGCUCCACCUCCAUAUGAUCCAAACGGAGGAGGUUCUGGUGGCGAUCGUUCCCAGGGCCAGCCCCAGGCUCAGGCUGCUCCAGCUCAGAAUCAUCUGGGUGGUGGCGCAGGCGGUUACCAACAACAAGGCUACGGAAACGCCGGUGCUGGCCCUGGCCCAGGUCCCGGCCCAGGAUAUGGCCAAGGUCCUCCUCAACAGUUUGGCGGGUACCCUCCUCAACCGGGUUACGGUUACCCCCCUCAACCGGGCUAUGGUUAUCCUCCUCAGCCAGGUUAUGGAUACCCUCCAUACCAGCAAAUGCCUCCACAGCAGAUGCAACAACAACCACAGCGUAGUAGAAUGGGCGGUGCCGGUGGUAUGGCCUUAGGUGCUGGUGCUGGUAUGUUGGGUGGUAUGAUGAUGGGUAAUGCCAUUGCUGGUGGACAGGCUGAUGCCUAUAGAGAUGGAUACAUGGACGGUAACAUGGACGAUGGCGGUGGAGAUUACGGUGGAGGUGACUUUGACGGUGGAGACUUUUAA